CCUGAUGGAUCGAGUGUGAUCUUAGACUCCUGAUGGAUCGAGUGUGAUCUUAGACUCCUGAUGGAUCGGUUGCUCACUUCGACCUUCAAGGAGGACCUUAAGGAGGAUCUUAUGGGACGUCUCAUAAGGAGGACGUUAUGGGACGUCUCAUAAGGAGGACCUUAUGAAGACCUAUAAGGUCUUCCUUAUGGGACGAUUGCGUAGUGGAGCGAUUGUGUGGGGGUUUUACAUAUGUUUUUAUUGGUUUAUACCUUCUAAAAUGUGUGUUUUAUGGGUAGUUUAUUGGAAAUACGAGUGUUUGAGUCCUGUUUUGUAUUUGGGUUUUAUUCAGGGGCCAAAAGGAGUAGUCGUGAUAGGUCAUUGCUGAUCUCUAAUCAAACCUAAGCUAGCAUAGCUUAGCGUAAGCUAAUCUGUUGUAUCCUGUCGUAACCUAACAAGAAAUAAAAAAUAGUCGUUUGUGCGUGCGCUCUGCGACAUGUGUGACAUCGGUGAGAGUGAGAGGAGCAGAUGACUGUGCCAGAACAUGCUCAAAAGGAUAACACGAUGGCUGUGGAAAUCAAGGUUUUGACCAUAAAUGUGUGGGGCAUACCUGGCAUUUCCAAGAACCGGGAAGCUCGCAUGGAAGCAAUUGCCAACCAACUCGUAACUGGACCAGAUGAAUUUGAUUUUGUAUUUCUCCAAGAGAUUUGGUCGAAGGCUGACUAUUGCUUUUUAGCUUCUAAGGUAAAUAAAGUGUUGCCUUUUGCUCACUACUUCUUCAGCGGCGUUAUCGGGUCAGGAAUGUGCAUCUUCUCCCGCUCACCGAUCACCGAAGUCUACUUUCACAAAUUCACCCUCAACGGCUUCCCUCACAAGAUCAACCAUGGCGACUGGUGGGGUGGCAAAGGUGUGGCCUUGUGCAAGAGCACGCGCUACGGAAUUCCUUUCAUCCUAGCUAACACGCACCUUCACGCAGAGUACAACAGAAAGAAUGAUGAAUACGUUCACCAUCGUGCUGUCCAAGCCUUCGAGACUUCCCAGCUGAUCCGCUUGUUCCAAAAAGCCAAGGCGGUUCUCAUAUUUGCUGGCGACUUCAACUGCACACCCACAGAUUUUGCCUACAGGAUUGUCAAGUUCUAUGGCAACCUGGUCGACACCUAUACUGACAGUCCCACUAAGGUACCGGGCUCUAAUGGAGAGAGCAAUGAAACUCCAGCAAACAGUUACACUAACGUUAAGGCCCUGAUCGAUAACCCCAGCGGCAACAGGAUUGAUUAUGUAUUUUAUCAAGCCUCUAAAACUCACAAGGUUAAAACCAAAGUGUGUGAUCAGCCUUGGCCACAGAGAGUUCCGCAGCAAGAUUUCAGUUUCUCAGACCACGAGGCUGUUCGUUCUAUUCUCACAAUCACCCCUAUCAAAGAGGAUGAGACGACAGAAUCGAUCACAGAGGUCCAGGCCCAAACUGACGCUCUGCUGGAGAGUUCGGCUGUGUGCGAGCAGGGCCUGAAGAAAGUGGCGAUCAGUCGCAGGUUCUACAUCACUCUGGCCAUUCUUGUCACUGUUUUACAGCUGGGCUACCUUGUUGUGUUGUCUCUGGAGACGUCUCCAGGAUUACGCAUCUCUCUCGGCAUAUUGUCAAUGAUUUUAAUGAUCUUUCUUGUGUAUUUCCUCUUUAUGGGAACAGUUUUUUAUCAUAUAGAAUAUAAUGGGGUGAAGUCAACUAGACAGGCAAUUAAAUGUCAUCUUGAAAUGCUAACCGUGAAAAAUGCUCAGAUUUUUGAAGAGGAAAGAAAAAGGUCUGUAUCAUUCAUAAAAUGACUAUCAAUGUUCAAGCAUGAUAAAUCACAGUGAUAUUACCGAGCUCAAAAGUAGUUCAUUAGAUGUGAAUCAGCCUAAACCUUCUCCCGCAAGGUAGCACGUGCGACAAUAAUGAAGUGAUAACAGUCUGAAUGCUUGCUCAUUUGGUCUACAAUAAUAUAAUUUUGUAUCAACUUGUCCUUAGCUUCGUUAGGCCCCACUACAGUGUAUUUUGUACCUCACUCCGAGCUUGGUUUUUUCCACCGACAUAGGCAAGACUGUGAUUGCUAUUCUAGUUCAGUAAUGUAAAUAUUGGGCUCUAUUUUUGUAGCACCUAGUGUUAAGAACUCUUCUCGGUGUGUCGCAGUACUUGAGCAGCUUAUGUUAUAAAGACGGCACUUUUGUUUGUGGUUUGUCGACCGUUUCGCAAAAUGUGCAUAGAUCGGCAAUAAAUAUCACGGUAUUGGUACAGUCACAUGAAGAGGCCGAUGUGCUAUUCAGGACGUAAGAUGCAUAAUAUAUGUAUACAGUAUUUAAUUUAAACAAAUGGAAAAGGUGGAUUGUAUAAAUUAUGUAUAGCACACAAUAGCUCUUUUUUAUAUAUUGGAAGCAUAGUGCUUCAUAGAUGGAAAAUAAGUGAUUGUAUAUUUUUAUUGAAUUAUAUACGGAAAUGAAUAGCAGAAAGUUUAUUUUUGGGUAACUAAAUCAAGUUGCCAAGUACCUUUAAUAUCAUUAACUCUCUCUUUUCCUGUACAGUAUUACUCUCUUGUUUCCAGGCAAAUGCCUUUCCCCACCACUCAACAGUGGAAGACGAAAUAACAGCGAUAUGACGUAAACGAAGUAACAAUGACAAUUUAAGAAUAACUAUGUACUUGGGGUCAACAUUUAUGUUGUAGGUGUACGCGCAAAGUUGUGAAUGUGUUCUAAUGCAUUGCACCCAUUGUUUUCUUUACGUACACUGUUUGUGAGGAUUUUUCUUUAAAGAGAGAGGCCAAACAGGAUACCGAUUUGUAGCACCAUCUCGGCUUUUCAAACUUCUUUAGUAAAGUCUUUUUUGACAAAUAACCACAUUAAUACCGAAGGAUAUUAUCUCAAUGUUGCUGGCGAUAAUUCCCAACACUGAUUUUGACACGUAUGGUCGUAUUGUUGAAUGUUUCUUCUUCAGUUAGACCUAAAGUUAUUUAAAGUAACACAUUGUGAUAUAACGUGGCGUCAAAAACUAUUUCCAGGAUGGCUCUCCGAGGAUCCACCAGAAAGUGGCAUUUCACUACAUUCAACGCUGGAUUUCAGUGUUUCCAAACAUGAAAAGUACAGUUCUGGUACAGCGUAGGUGUUAAACAUUUGUAGCGUACAGUUUAUAGCACGACACCCGCUUUCAUUCACUCUUAUAUUGCCAGGCUGUAUACAGUACUUUCACUUUAACUAACGAUGAAGAUUUGUAGAUUACAGCCUGUAGUGCUCACUUGGUAGUUUUAUUCACAUAUUAAAUUAGUAGAAUGUAUGUUGUCAUUUUAUUAGCCAAUUCCUAAAUGUUAAAUGCUGUUGAUGUUCAUCGUACUGGGCAAGCAUUCUCUCGUAUAUUAUUAAUUCCUGUGAAUAGAUAAUUUUAAGGGUCCGUGAGAUUUUAUUCCAAACCAAGUGUAGACAGCACUAUCUUGAUUAUAUUGGCCUCAUUUUCUUUGCAUCUAUGUAACCAUAUUCACAAAAACAUGUUCCGAUAAAUAUUUACCUGAGGGGCCACUAAUACUAGUGACCUUGACGAGAACAGGAAGCCGGGGGCUUGUCAAAGGUCCCUCUCCCAUUUGCCCUGAUUUUUUCGAGCUCUUUUUUUUUCCAAAUGAUCUGAUGGGUGUUCGAUUGUGCUAACUGAGCAAUGAGCUCUAUCCAUAUGCAACACUGAUCACAAACAAUGAUCAAAGAAUGCAGAAUAACUG